AUGCAUAAAUCAUAUCGAUCAACAUGUCCAGCAACAAAUAAAUUUCUUAAAAAAAGAUGGGACGAUAAAUAUUAUAGUGAUCAUCGAAUAUUGGUACGUGAUGCUCAACCAUGUGUUGAUGCACGUCCUCCACAAACUUUUCUACAUCUUCAUAUGAAAUAUAAAAAAUAUCAAUUGGAAGAAGAACAUCGAGCAAUAAUUGAACGUGAUAAUCGUAUAUUAUUAGAAAAAGUAUCACAUAUUAUGAAAACAAAAGGAUCUGUUGAUAGUCAUCAUCAAUAUGAAUUAAAAAGUCUUAAUCAAGGAAAACGUCGACAAGAAUUAUUAAAAGUUUCAAAAGAAAAUGCAAAUAUUAUGAAAAGACUUAUACAACAAAAACUUGAUAUUAAUAGAGAAAAUUGGAAAGAUAAUUGGGCUAAAAAUUCAGUCUAUUUUGAUAAUAUUGCUAAAUAUGAUAUUGAUUGGUUUAUUUCUAAAUCGACUGAUCGUCAAUUAAAUAAUGAAAAAUCUUUAUUAAAACGUUCUCAAAGUAUACCACGAGAAGAUAAAAAGGUGGUAAAAGAUCCUCUUAAUAGAAAUGAAAACGAGGAAAAAACAAAUAUUGAAAAUAAUGAUUUAUUAUAA